AUGAUGUUCGAACAUGUACUAGUUUUGAGUGUAUAUUUAUUUUCUAUCGGUAUCUAUGGAUUGAUCACAAGUCGAAACAUGGUUAGAGCACUUAUGUGUCUUGAUCUUAUACUAAAUUCGGUUAAUAUUAAUCUCGUAACAUUUUCUGAUUUAUUUGAUAGUCGACAAUUAAAAGGAGACAUUUUCUCAAUCUUUGUUAUAGCUGUUGCAGCUGCUGAAGCAGCUAUUGGUCUAGCUAUUGUUUCGUCGAUCUACCGUAACAGAAAAUCAACUCGUAUCAAUCAAUCCAACUUGUUGAAUAAUUAG